AAAACAUUCGAAACCACCUCGGAACUUGGUCAAGAAGCUUUCAUCAUCAUCAUGGGUUCAUUCUUGGGAAUCUCAGCUCAAGUUUGGCAAACUUUAAUCGUUCUUGCCUUGCCUGUUCUAUAUCGUUCUUUACCGAGAAUUAGAGCGAUUUGGUUACGUCUUCGUUAUGGUCCUCCAGUCAAUCAAAAUCAACCUUCAGUGGAUCGUGUGUCAACUUCUGAUUCCUUGAAACGAUUAGGAUUAGCACGUUGGAUACUACUUGCAGGUCUCUACAUCACCAUCAUCUUAAGAUGUACUGCCUUUAACCCAGCCAAAGAAAACCCAUUCGCGAUCACACGUUUACCACUUAAUACACCAUCAGUUUCACUUACAGCUGCACUCGUUAAACACCAUCGUGCACAUGGUUUGAAUGAUACACCCAUCACACAACAACGUCUUCUUCAACGUCUUACCAGUCUUGAUUCUCGAUUACUUUAUACGAUCUUGGGUCCUGAUUCACUCUUAAACUGUCGUUGGUGUCGACCUCCAUCUAAAGAAGCUAAUCAUACAAACGAUCACUUCUAUUAUCAUUUACCUCGACUUGCAUCACAAUAUGCAUUAGCGUUCAUGGCAAUGGGUUUACUUACUACAAAUGCUUCUUCAUUAGAAUCUAAACGUAGGAUCUGGCGGUCUAGAAGUUCUGUGACACUUAUCUUUGGUCUCAUACUUGAAAUGAUCACUGUGUUUGUUUUACUACACGUACCAUCAUUAGGUAUGAAUGCUAAGAAUGAAGGUAGAAUGUUAGGUGAUAAGAUUUAUAUGAUUCGUCAUAUUCUCUUUGGUUGUGUUUUUGGUAUCUGUAGUUGGUCUGUGAUGACUGAAACACAAGAAUCUAAUGCUACUGCUUUGGCUAAAGUGGGAAUUCAAAUCGGAUCGGUUACUCAUCAAUUAGAUACACUUGUUAGUCGACUUAGAGUGGCGGCCCUUCAACGUAGCACAGUGAUGCGUGAUCCGGUAUACAGGAAUCAAAGUAAUGAAUUUUGGGAGUAUGCAGAAAAUCAAGCUAAGAUUGCAAGUAAAGAUAAAGGAGUUAAAUUGAUCAAAAAAGAAUUAGGUCUUCAUAAUACAUCAGUUCAACCUGAUUCAAAUCGAGAAGAAUUGAAAAGGUUUAUUGAAAUUAGUUAUCCUAUUCCUACUUUAUCUGUUUCGGAUCCAGUUUUAUAAAACAAAAUACAUAAGAAAAAUGAAAACUUGAUUCUUUUAUACAAUUUGGUUUUUGAGGUUUCUUUUGAUUAUCUUUUUGCAUACAUUGAUUUUAAAAAUUGUAUAUAUUACAUACACAAAAAAAUUGACCAGAAAACAUUUUUCUUUUUUUAAAGGUUUUUCAUUUCUCUCUUUCUUUUUAUCGUUCUUUUUUUUCACUAUUUUUCUUUUUGUGUUCAUGUUUCUUUCAUUUAUAUUGGAUUUUGAUUAUCUUUUUUUACAAUACAUACUUUAAGGAAUAUAGAGUAAAACUUGAAGAUGAAGGUUUCAAUGAAAUUCAUCAAGGGUGUGUUCACU